GCACCUCCAUCCACCUGCAGCUCUCAAUCUGCCUCUUCCUGGCCCACCUGCUCUUCCUCACGGCCUUCGACCGGACCGAGAUCAAGGUGCUGUGUGCCAUCAUCGCGGGUGCCUUGCACUACCUCUACCUGGCCUCCUUCACCUGGAUGCUGCUGGAGGGUCUGAACCUCUUCCUCACUGCACGGAACCUGACGGUGGUCAACUACUCCAGCGCGAGCAGGGUCAUGAAGAAGCUCAUGUUCCCCGUGGGCUAUGGAGCCCCGGCUAUAAUUGUGGCCAUUUCUGCGGCAUCCAGGCCUCACCUUUAUGGAACACGUGAUCGCUGCUGGCUCAACCUGGACCAGGGAUUCAUCUGGAGUUUCCUUGCCCCCGUCUGUGCCAUUAUCUGUGUGAGUGAGUAUGUGGCUCCAUUGUUCCCAACCACAGAAGAAGCACCAGGCACGCUGGGUCCAAGACAGCAUAAGGGGCAUACAUUUUCUCAGUUCUAUGAGUUGAUUUUUCCACCUGCUACCAGUUCAAUCCCACACGCAAGGAGGUGGGAAUUGUGUGCGGACACAGGGCAUUAUUUUAACUUCCGUUCUACAUGAUCUGCGUCAUUC